AUAGACAGGAAGCUUGUCUUGAUCAGUAGGUUGGAACUUCCGUUUUCUUUCAGAGGGCGUUGGCAGAUUAUUUUCAAGGCGCUGAAGUUAUAAUGACGGCAGAUCAGCAGCUCGACUGUGCGUUGGAUCUUAUGAGGAGGCUUCCUCCUCAGAAGAUCGAGAAGAACCUAAGUGAUCUUAUAGACCUAGUGCCUAGCCUAUGUGAAGAACUGCUGUCGUCCGUAGACCAACCUCUGAAAAUAGCUACUGACAAGAAAUCCGGAAAAGAUUACCUGCUGUGCGACUACAAUAGGGAUGGCGAUUCGUACAGAUCCCCGUGGAGUAACACGUACGACCCUCCCUUGGAAGACGGAGCGCUUCCGUCGGAGCGAUUACGGAAGCUGGAAGUGGACGCCAAUCAGGCCUUCGACCAGUACCGAGAAAUGUACUUCGAAGGUGGCGUUUCGUCUGUCUACCUUUGGGACCUUGACCACGGCUUUGCUGGGGUCGUCCUCAUCAAGAAAGGCGGAGAUGGUUCCAAGAAGAUUAUGGGUAGCUGGGACUCCAUACAUGUUGUUGAAGUCCAGGAGAAAUCCAGUGGUCGAAGUGCACACUACAAACUGACCUCUACGGCCAUGUUAUGGCUGCAGACGAAAAAGCCUGGCUCGGGAACAAUGAACCUCGGAGGUAGCCUCACGAGACAGAUGGAACAGGACUCCUCAGUGAGUGAUGCCUCACCGCACAUAGCAAAUAUUGGAAAGAUGGUGGAGGACAUGGAGAACAAAAUUCGUACCACACUGAACGAAAUCUACUUCGGCAAGACGAAAGACAUCGUCAACGGACUGCGUUCCGUGCAGCUGCUACAGGACCGCAAGCAGCAAGAGGCUCUUCGAAACGACCUUGCACAAGCCCUCAAAAACCGCCAAGCCAAACAGGAAACAAGCUAAGGAUUGCUGCAGCCCUCCAAAUUCAGUUUUUCCCAUUUCCCUCUGCAACAUGUUGAUGAACUCUUACUUGUUGAUAAAAGAAGCAAAAAGACAAGAACCCAUCCUUCCAAAGAGGCACUGCGAGGUGGAAGACGUGGACGACCUCAGCGAUAAAACGCAAGGGGUGCGGUGCGCGAAAUGAAAAGGAGAUGGUCUCUUACGACUGAGCAAGUGGUGCACUGUUUUGUUUUAUUUCUUUCUUUCUUCUUAUCACUUACGGCAAAAUGCAGUAGCCCGUCUAUUUCCUAAUCUGUGCUUGGUUUAAGCACAAACUGCUGAAGGCAUUUGAGAAGGCAUGUCUUGGUUGAUUACCUGCGGUUGGGUUGCCUAUCUGAACAUGAACGUGCAGGCAAUAAAAGGGUGACCCCUGUCGGUAGGCUGUUUUUACAGUGUCUCGUAACAGUACCAGCUGCGACUUAGAAAUCUGACAGGACAGAUAACAGUGUGUACCAGUAAUCAGAUUACAAAACAUCCCCCGUGAGUGGCCAAAUCUUCAGUGUUGUGAUGUAUUACUAGGCCCAAAAUUACGCAUUAGACCGGCUUCACAUUUUUUUAAAAAGAUAUUGUCUCGCAUAAUGUGUUUGAGACAAAUAAAAAGGUAGUAUUGCCGAGUCACUGUUAACACUCCGGUCCCUUACAGAGAUUCGCGCUGACGGCGAUGUAUAUUGUAACCUGGAUUCAAAGUUCUUAAAUUUGUUUAUAGAUAGCAAACAUAACAGGUUUGAUUUUUAUAUUACGUUAAGCUAUAAUUCUCCAUUGCGCAGUGCAAGCAGCAUAAAAAUGUCAAGCAAAAUGCCAGUGUUGUGGGUCAAAUGAGGUAAACUGUUAAAAGCGAUAAAGUCCCAGUACCAAAACUAAAAAAAAAUUGAGACAAGGGGAGACAGCUGUGCAUAAUUCCUUGUCCCUCAAUUUCUUGGUCUUUGCACUGGAGUAUUAUCGCUUUUAACGGUGUACCACCAAGCAGCACUAAUUUUAACCUCAUUUAAACGAGGUGAGCUUUCCAUUUACUGGGCUGGCACUUUUGUUACCUCUCUGUAUUUAUGUUUGUCUCUAUUGUUAAUAGCAUACUGGCUUCUGUCUUCUGAACCCCUUUUCUUCACCCCUUUUUUGUCAUUCUUUUGGUAGUUGGAACAAAGCAGCAAAUAUCUUAGCGCUUUAUUGUACCUAUUUUUAUUUCAGUUUGCCGCACGAUUAAAAGGAUUAUUUAACGAAGCGUAACAGACAUUACGUUGCGACCAGGGACAAAUAGACAAUGUACAUUAAAAGUGUAAAGGUGCAUAUAAUCGACGAGAUUCACAGAUGUUACAAUAAAAAGCUUAUAUUCCUAAAA